CAGGCCGACGAAGAGUUCGCCAUCGAGAAGGCCAAGCUCGUCCGGUCCGAGACCGCCAACAUCGACCAGGUCUACGAGCGCCGGACGAAGCAGGCCUCGCUCGCGCAGCAGAUUACAAAGUCCAACAUCACCAACAAGACCCGUCUCCGCGUGCUCGCCGCCCGCCAGGAGGUUCUCGACCAGGUCUUUGAGGAGGCUGCGUCCAAGCUUAGCGCUAUCUCGGCCAACAAGGACAAGUACUGCGUCCUGCUCAAGGAUCUGAUGUUGGAGGGUGCCUACAUUCUCUACGAGAAGAGCAUCGUCGUCUCCGCCCGUGAGGCCGACUACGACCUCAUCAAGACCGGCAUUCCCCUCGUCCAGGAGGAGUUCAAGAAGGCCGUCGGCACCGACUUGACCAUCACCAUCGACGAGUCCAACCCGAUUCCCGCUGAAUCAAGCGGUGGUGUCAUCCUCUACGGCUCCGCCGGCAAGAUCGCAGUCACAAACACGCUCGACGAGCGUCUCAACCUCUUGAACGAGGAGUCCCUCCCCGCCAUCCGGACCGCCAUGUUUGGCCCCAACCCGCUGCGCAAGUUCUUUGACUAA